CUGUUACCACCAUAUCUUCAAUGCUCGUAGAGCUCAACAAGCGACUUUUCAACUCAAGAGUUAAGCGAAUAUAUGAUGGUUGGAACAGUGCGAAAAACGACGAGGACUACAGUUCGAUAGCGGAGGCGGAUGCGUUGUUGUUGUCAGCGGGAGAUCCAGCUGGUGAAGAUGAGCCAAUGCGGAAAGGAACCUCAAUGCAGCAAUGGCUCCUCGGUUACGAGUUCCCAUCCACAUUCAUUUUAUUUGAAAAAGAUAAAAUAACCAUUUUGUGUUCAGCUUCGAAAGCCAAGUUUCUCCAUCAGAUUGAGGGUUCUUCCGGAAACGUUCCUGUGGAGAUUUUGGCUCAGGCAAAAGCGAAGGAUCAGCCCAACGAUGCAAUUCCGAAGUUCUUCAAAAUCUACUUAGAGAAGAGUAAAGUUGGGACAUUAAUGAAGGAGACUCACAUAGGCAAACUGAUUAUGGAAUGGGAAAAGCUCUUAAAAGAAGCGCAGCAGAAACCAGAACUGAUAGACAUGGCCCCAGCGGUUUCAGCAUUCAUGGCAGUGAAGGAUGGCGAAGAACUGAAAGUCAUGCAAACUGCAGCAAACUUAACGUCUACCCUAUUGAAAUAUCAUGUCGGGCCACGACUGGAGUCUAUUCUCGACAAAGAGAGCAAAGUAACACAUGGCCAUCUUGCAGCACAGAUUGAAAGCAGGUUGGGGUCAGGAGAAGGGCCGGAGGCCAAAGGACCGGAUAUGAAAGUUUGGAGUAAGGGAAAAGGCCUCAAUGAUAUCGACUGGCAACUGGUAGAGUUCUGUUAUUCUCCCAUCAUUAUUUCGCGAUCAAGCAAAACGGGUUAUGAUCUGCGCUACACCGCCGAAUCUACAGAAGACAACAUAGCUCAUAAAGGUGUUCUUCUUGUCGCCUUUGGAAUGCGAUACAAGAGCUACUGUGCCAAUGUCGGGCGCACCUUCAUCGUUGACCCCACUCCUGAUCAAGAGACCCAGUUCAAUCUUCUUUUCGCCUUACAAUCAGAGCUAUUGUCGUACAUCAAGGAUGGCGUCACAGCUAGGGAUGCAUAUCACCAUGCACUCUCAUACGUCAUGGAGAAAAGGCCAGAGUUGGAAAAGAAUUUUGUGAAGAACAUUGGUUUCGGCAUCGGAAUUGAAUUUCGCGAUUCAGCCUACAUUCUUUCUAACAAGAAUGCACGAGUUCUACGAGAGAACAUGAUGCUAAACCUUGGUCUUGGGUUCUCAGCAUUGGGGGAUUCAAAAGAACAAUAUGCCCUACACCUUGUUGACACCAUCAAGGUAGAGUCAGGAAGGUCCGUUUUGUUGACAGAAGGGAUGAAGAGCGCGAAGGACUUUCUCUUUUUCCUCACUGGAGAGAGUGAGGAAGAAAAACCCGCAAAAUCAGACCGAAAACCUCCAGUCCAACCACGAGCAAACGGUUCGCCGGCCAAGAAGACCGCUGGGACAAAGGUUCUUCGCAACAAUCGACGUGCCACUCAGGAUGAAGUACAUCAAACUGCCGUCACCAAAUUAGCAGAACAUCAACGGGAACUCCACGAAAAACUUCAAGCGGAAGGACUGGCGAAGUAUUCGGAAGAAGGUGGUAGUGCCAGAAAGGAAGAAAAAGGCUGGAAGAAGUUCCAGAGCUAUAAGGGGGAAGGAGCGUUGCCUCCCGAGGUGGACAGACUAAGGAUUGUCGUGGAUCGGAAGGCACUGACCGUUAUUCUUCCGAUAUAUGGGUAUGCCGUACCCUUCCAUAUCAACACGAUCAAGAAUGCCAGUAAAAAUGACGAAGGAGAAUAUACUUACCUUCGCAUCAAUUUCCAGACACCCGGGCAAUUAGCAGGAAAGAAGGAAGACACGCCCUUCCAGGACCCGGAUGCGACUUUUAUACGAUCAAUAUCGUAUAAAUCCACAGAUGGCCAUCGGUUUGACAACAUCUAUAAACAAAUCACAGAGCUCAAAAAAGAAGUCAACAAACGCGAAGCACAGAAGAAAGAAAUGGCGGAUGUUGUGGACCAAGGAUCUCUCGUUGAGCUGAAGGGAAGGCGGCCGGUGAAGAUGCCCGAAGCUUUUAUUCGUCCCGCUCCCGACGGAAAGCGACUCCCAGGCGAGGUCGAGAUUCAUCAAAACGGUGUCAGAUAUCAAUCCCCAAUGGGUCAGAAAGUUGAUGUACUUUUUAGUAAUGUCAAGCAUCUGUUCUUCCAGCCCUGUGACCACGAGUUGUUGGUCAUUGUUCACAUGCAUCUCAAAGCACCGAUCAUGAUUGGAAAGAAGAAGACCAGUGAUGUUCAAUUUUUCCGUGAAGCAACUGAUGUUCAGUUCGAUGAAACUGGGAACCGGAAACGAAAGCACCGCUACGGGGACGAAGAUGAAAUCGAGAUGGAGCAGCAGGAACGAAAACGGAGGCAGAUGAUGAACAAAGAAGUCAAGGCUUUCGCAGAAAAAAUUGCUGAUGCUGCAUCAGCUUCGCUUGGCGAGACCCUUGAGCUAGACAUUCCAUUCCGAGAGCUCUCGUUCGAGGGAGUACCUUUCAGAACUUCUGUUCGUCUGCAGCCAACUACAGAUUGUCUGGUUCAUCUCACCGAUCCACCAUUCCUUGUCGUCACGCUGUCCGAUAUUGAGAUCGCCUCUUUAGAGCGCGUUCAAUACAUUCUACGGCAAUUCGAUCUCGUGCUCAUCUUCAAGGACUUCACCAAACCCCCGUUGCACAUAAACUCGAUUCAAAGUGCACAGAUGGACGAUGUCAAAAACUGGCUGGACUCCGUAGACAUCGCUAUGGCCGAGGGGCCCGUGAACUUGAACUGGGGUCCAAUCAUGAAACAUAUCAACGAAAGUCCGUAUGAGUUCUUCCGGGAAGGUGGAUGGGCUUUCCUUCGGGGUACCAGAGGCGGAGUGGCGAGCGAUCAUUCAGACGAGUCCGAAUCCGAGUCUGACUACGCUGCCGAAUCAGAGGCGUUUGAAGAAUCGGAGAGUAACGUGUCAGAGGGCGACAAUUCAGACGCCAGUGCGAGCGAUGUCAGUGGAUCGGACUUUGGUGAUGGGUCCGAUAGUGACGCAGGUGAUGACUGGGACGAGCUGGAACGCAAGGCAGCUCGGGCUGAUCAAAAGCGCGCCGAGGCAAAGAAGGCGAGAGGAUCGGAUGACGGUUCUGACGACGACCGGCCUAAGAAAAAAGCCGCUGGGAGGACGAACGGGAAAGCCAAAGGAAAACGGUAAUCUUGGUGCUGACAGUGGUCGUGUAUACGUAUAUAAACCCCC